CGGUACCAGCACACAAUUCGACAAUUCAAUAGAUGGUGAUACGUCUGCAAAAUGCGCAAUGCAGCGAUGGAUUAUCUCAGUUCUCAGAAGGACCAUCGUUUCUGAACGUGGACUACUAAACUUAACCACCACCCGCGGGUUGAUGACCACGCCCCCAAAAUGCGCAAAGAAGAUGCCCGAUCGUCCAAAGCCCCCUCCAGAGAAGGAGUUCACUGAAGUUUUCCUUCACGGCUCUGGGCCUGGGGGACAGAAAAUUGUUAGUCUAGUCUUUUUUCCACACAGUGCUUGAUACUUAGCCCUCUGCCCUGAGGUUAAGUUUAACUUGAUCAUCAAGACUGACAUCUAAGCAACAGAAUAAAACCUCCUCCGCAGUACAACUCAAACAUGCCGCCUCGGGCAUUGUUCUCAAAGUCCAAGCCACGCGAUCACGAACCCAGAAUCGAAAGCUUGCCCGUCAGAUGUUGGCCGAUCGGCUAGAGGAUCUGGAGAAGGGUGAUCAGAGCCGGAGCGCUAUCAAAACGGCUGUGAAGCAGAAGAAGAAAAGCAGUGCGACGAAGAAGACGAGGCGGAAGUAUCGGAAGUUGGAAGAGGAGAAGCUUGCAGCGCAGGGAGAGACGGGAAAAGGGAAAGAAGGAUGACGUUUUUUUUGCAAGGUGUAAGCGUGGGAUAUGGGAUACUGUAUGGCAUACGGUUUGUCGUACCCUCGAAGAUCGGGUCCAUUUGAUUCAACAAUGUCCAUAAUUUGGGAAGGUUGGCAGAAGAAUAUUCUCGCUCAGUGCUCUCCUGGAUCAGUCCGUUCUGGAUCGCACUUCGCAACGAUGUUGAGGCAAGG